AUGGCCGGUCCAGUCCAACCACCUCCCCCAGCGCGGGGGAAUGACGACCAGGUGGACUACGCCGUCUCCAAAAGCAACAUACGUCGACCGCCGAGUGUUGCCUCCACCGCCUACACCUCGACGACGCUCAACGGCAGUCUGGCAGACAGCUACGUGGACGACGGGAAAUACUGGAAAGACAUCGGCGAGGUGCCGGCACCUGAUCGACGAAAGAGGCAGCAGUCCAUCGACUUUGACGCACAGAGCAACCUGACAAAUCUCAACUUUGAGCAGCAGAUGGCUCGCCUGACCAAGGAGUUCAUCCCGCCCUAUCUGGGCUUCGUCCGCAUGCGACGCAUCUCGAGCAUGCCCGACAGUCCUACUUCGCCACAAGACCCCGCAAGUAGACAAGACAUUGCAACCAAAAAAGACGCCGAGUCCGAACGGGAUCCAGACGCCGGGCUCACUUACCCGUCUAUCGGCCGCGCCGCCAUCAUUUCAGUGGCGCUCGCCUUGGCUGUAUUCCUCGUCGCACUCGACAUCAACAUCGUCGCCACGGCCGCUCCCAGCAUAGCCGCAGAGCUCAAAUCACUUAACGAUCUUGGAUGGUACGGGUCGGCGUAUCUGGCCUCGACGGCCGCCUUUAGUUUCGUCUAUGGCCGCCUAUAUACCCUUGCCCGACCCAAAAUUAUAUUUUCGGUCGCGGUGGGUAUAUUUGGUGUCGGGUCGCUUAUUGCAGGCAUCGCACCAAGUUCCCCCGUCCUUAUCCUGGGAAGGGCGGUUCAGGGCCUCGGGACUUCGGGCAUCUUGUCCGGGGCUCUUAUUAUCGCAGCCAAGAUUUUGCCCCUGAAGCAACGCUCGGUCUUGACCGGUGUUAUCGGGGCCAUGGAGGGUACUGCCAUGGUCCUGGGUCCGCUUUUGGGCGGUAUAUUUGCCGACAGGCUCAGCUGGCGGUGGUGCUUCUACAUCAACGUCCCAAGCAGCGCGGCUGUCUCCCUUGCAGUCAUGUUCCUGCUAAAGCUGCCUGAUGAUAACCCUGGUGGCGACAAUCCCGGUGGCGGUAAUCCUGACAGCCUCAAAUUCGACCUGCAAAAGAAGCUCCAGGACGAAAAGAGAAAAAGUAAUGCUUCGCUAAACGUACUUGCUGAGCCCAACAAGCCCCUGGACCAUUCCAAUACGCUCCGUGCAAGGUUCGCCCUGUUAUCAACAUCCACCAGGGACAAGAUUUUAUUAUUGGAUCCAUUAGGCACAACGAUCCUUUUAGGUGCUGUCGUAAGCAUUUUGCUUGGGCUUCAAGACAUUGGCCAUACUGUAUCACAGGGCGGAAGCAACACUAGUAUCGUCUUUGUUCUAGGCGCCGUGCUGUUUGUGAAUUUUGGCGUUUUGCAAUACCUUCGCAAAGAAGGCGCCAUGAUCCCUCCGAGGUUGAUCAAAAUUCGUACAGUUUGGGCUGGCUUUUGGUUUUUCAGCUGCACGGCCGCUGGCCUUGAGGCCAUUACAUAUUUUCUUCCACUUUGGUACCAAAAGGUCCAAAGCAAUACUGCCGAACAGUCGGGCGUCAAAAUGCUGGCUAUGCUUUUAUCCAUGAUUAUUAUGCUCCUGCUGGGUGGCGUAAUCCUCAAUUUAAUCGGAUAUUACACGCCCAUGAUGGUAAUAUCGUCCAUCCUGAUGACAAUAGGCGCCGCUUUGUUGGCAUCGCUUGAAAGAGACACCGACGUGGUUAACGUCGCUCUCGCAUCCGGGGUGUUUGGCGCCGGGGUAGGGACGGGAUUCCAAAUGCCGUUAAUAGCGGUCCAAACGGUCCUUGACCCAGUCGAUAUGCCUAUCGGAACAAGUAUCGUCGUUUUCGGCCAAAUGCUUGGCGGUGCUCUAAUGUUAUCCGUGGCUGAAGCCUCCUUUUCCGCGACUCUCAAGCUCGGAUUUAACAAAUUGGGUCCGGUCGGUGCCGAGGUGAUGGAGAGCCUCGAUGAGGUGCGAUUUAUUAAGGACAUCCAUGUUCCCGAAGGCUCCAACUUGACGGUCCAGCAAAUACUCGACAUCUAUAACAAAGCCAUCCGGUCGGCCCUCAACGUCGGCAUUGUAUUUGCCCUCCUAUCCCUGGUUGGAGCCUUGUGCAUGCCGCUGAGAUCGGUCAAGAAGUCAAGAGAGGACUAUGAAAGAGGGCAGGAGGAGAAAGAACUGAAGAAGCUCAGCAAGAAACAGAGAAAGGAGGCCAAGAAGGCGCAAAAGGCGCAAAAAGGAACGUGGUGGGGAAAGUGA